UUGUUUAUUGUAAAAAUAAGAAAACGAAAAUAGACCUGUCUAUUUUGGUAGUUUCACUUUGUUCUCUGAGGAGCGCCAAAAGAUUUAUAAAGAAGCAUGGAUCUGCUGUAUUGUUUACUUCUAGUUGUAUGUUCUCUUGGUGUUAAAGCAAAUGUGAAUACAUAUGUGAGGACAUUUGAGCAACCUGAAGAGAGAAUCUCCACAUUUAAGACAGUGUGUUAUUAUCCUAUGAGUAACACAAUCAAUACCACAACAAAACAUCCUAUCCCAGAAGGCUUUAAUUCAAGCCUGUGUUCACAUGUUAUAUUUAUUCCAACCGUUAUAGAUAGAAAUAACCAAAUACAGCCAGCAACUCCUUCACAUGCAGCCCUUUUCCAGAGAGCCAUUCCUGUUAUUAGACAACAGAAUCCAAAGUUGAUAAUUAUGGUAUCAAAUGGUGGCCACUUUGAUCCAGUUAUGGAAAGUAGGGAAAACAUUUCACAAUUUGUCCAAAGUGCUGUUGUAUUACUGAGGAAAUAUAAUUUUGAUGGCCUAGAUUUAGAUUGGGAGUUUCCUGGUUGGCCUAUGACAGACAAACCACAUGGACAAAUCCAUAAUUUCAGCAUAGUACUUACAGAAUUGAGAAAAUCUUUUGAAAUGGAAGCCAUGCAGACAAAUAGAACAAGGCUUCUCCUCUCAGCAGCUGUGGCUGCAACAAAAGAAAUGGCAGAAAAAAUAUAUGAAAUGGAUUAUUUAAAAAAGGCCUUAGACUUUGUCAACAUGAUGGGAUAUGAUUACAACGGAUGGGGACUCUUGAGUCCAUUGACAGCUUACAACUCACCACUGUUUCCUGAAGCCUAUGAUAAAUAUGCCUUCAAUACUAAUAAUCUGGCAUGGUCAGCAACUCACUGGGGAUCAUGGGUUGGUAAAGACAAACUAAUGGUUGGCAUUCCAUUCUAUUGUCAUGCAUACAAACUGUUGACCUCAUCAAUGCAUGGGUACCAUGCUAUAGCCACUGGUAGAGGGGAAUGUGAUAUGGCAGGUUAUCUCUGUGCAUGUGACGCCCUGAAGAAGAAGAAUGCCACUCGUGUAUUUGACAAUGCUGCUAAAGUUCCAUACCUUUACUAUGGUGAUCAGUGGGUCAGUUAUGAUGAUGUUCAAAGUACUACAAUAAAGGCAAAAUGGAUUAAAGAAAAUGGUUUUGGAGGUCUAAUGACAUGGAACAUGAAAUCUGAUGAUUAUCAAGGAGUAUGUGAUGGGAAAACAAAAUACCCACUGAUGAAUGCUGUUUUGAGGACCAUAAAUAACUAGACAAAGCUCAACAAAAUACCCACUGAUGAAUGCUGUUCUGAGGACCAUAAAUAACUAGACAAAGCUCAAUAAAAUACCCACUGAUGAAUGCUGUUCUGAGGACCAUAAAUAACUAGACAAACCUAAACAAAAUACCCACUGAUGAAUGCUGUUCUGAGGACCAUAAAUAACUAGACAAACCUAAACAAAAUACCCACUGAUGAAUGCUGUUCUGAGGACCAUAAAUAACUAGACAAACCUAAACAAAAUACCCACUGAUGAAUGCUGUUCUGAGGACCAUAAUUAACUAGACAAACCUAAACAAAAUACCCACUGAUGAAUGCUGUUUUGAGGACCAUAAAUAACUAGACAAAGCUGAACAAAAUACCCACUGAUGAAUGCUGUUCUGAGAACCAUAAAUAACUAGACAAACCUAAACAAAAUACCCACUGAUGAAUGCUGUUCUGAGGACCAUAAAUAACUAGACAAAGCUCAACAAAAUACCCACUGAUGAAUGCUGUUUUGAGGACCAUAAAUAACUAGACAAAGCUCAACAAAAUACCCACUGAUGAAUGCUGUUCUGAGGACCAUAAAUAACUAGACAAAGCUAAACAAAAUACCCACUGAUGAAUGCUGUUCUGAGGACCAUAAAUAACUAGACAAAGCUAAACAAAAUACCCACUGAUGAAUGCUGUUCUGAGGACCAUAAAUAACUAGACAAACCUAAACAAAAUACCCACUGAUGAAUGCUGUUCUGAGGACCAUAAAUAACUAGACAAAGCUAAACAAAAUACCCACUGAUGAAUGCUGUUUUGAAGACCAUAAAUAACUAGACAAACCUAAACAAAAUACCCACUGAUGAAUGCUGUUCUGAGGACCAUAAAUAACUAGACAAACCUAAACAAAAUACCCACUGAUGAAUGCUGUUCUGAGGACCAUAAAUAACUAGACAAAGCUAAACAAAAUACCCACUGAUGAAUGCUGUACUGAGGACCAUAAAUAACUAGACAAAGCUAAACAAAAUACCCACUGAUGAAUGCUGUUUUGAGGACCAUAAAUAACUAGAAAUAGCAAAAUCAGAACAUAUGACAUGUAUAUUAUAUGUUUAUAUGGUGUUUUUUUUUUAUUUGCUUGUUUGUUUGGCAGUUCCAAUAGGGUCAAUCACUUCCAGGAUAGUAGUGCUUGUCUCCUCAUAGAUUGGAGGUAUAUAUUGAUGAUUGUAUUGACAUUUUGUAUAGACACUUAUUGAUUAUUGUAGAUCAAAUAUGAACCUCUAAAUGUCUCUUGGUUUUUAUAUUUAUAUUGUUUUUCUGUCUCAUUGGUACAAAUCUCACAGUUCCUUUUAAUCAUUGCAUUUCUGAGGGACAGUAACUUACAUUCCAAGAAUUGUUAUUUCCCAGACUUGCCAUCACAUACUAUGUGCUGUUUCAAUAGUCAGUCCUUAAUUUUGUUGUUCUUGCAGUGAUUGUUGAAUUGCACUUCACCAAUAAGUAACCUGAUUAUUUAACUAUCAAUGUUUUAUGUAAAAAAUGCAAGAGGAUGACUAAAUUAUUUUCCCUGACUUUAACCAGAAUUUCAAAAUUGAGAUUUCUCAUUGUAGAAUUGAUUAAAUUCAACUUAAGUCUGUAUGUCGUAUUUCAAAUUAUGUUUAUCAUGAAAUUGAAUAUUCCAUUUUUUUUUUCAAUAUCUGAAAUGAUUUUUGGUAAGUAAACAAUGGAAAUAUGUGUAACCCUAAAAGUCAGAUUGAUAUCUGAAAUCUAGUCUAGGCAUUUAAAUUCGAUGAUGUGUGAUUGAUUCAUACUUUUGUAUUAUACAAAGGUAUUUUUGUACAAAUGUAUUAUGAUGAAUAUUUCUUUGUUCUUCAUACUGUGAAUAAAAGAUGUUACAUGCUAUCUUU